GCUGAAUUCGGAUUUUCGGCGAUUAUCCCGAAAAAAAUAUUUUCCGAGACUUUGAAAUUGGACAGGAAAUUUUUCUCUGUUUUUUUUUCUUUUUCUUUUUGACAGCUGAAAGAUUUGCAGACUGCAGGGUGUAUUGUACCACUUUAUUAUCAGCAGAAGAUAACUUCAACAGAAGAUAAUAGCAGCAGAAGAUAAUAAAGAUGAGUGCAAUACAAAAGAAAAAAGCAGAUAUUGUAAAGCGCUUGAUAUCUGAUGUCAUCAUAAUUGGCUCAGGUGGAGUUGUAUUGUUGCUGUUCAGGUUUAUGGGGGAUCCAUAUAAACGUGGCUUCUUUUGUGAUGAUGAGUCAUUGAAACAUCCAUUCAAAGAGUCUACCGUGUCAUCAGCCAUAUUGUAUGGGAUAGGAUUUGUUCUUGGCUCCAUACUUAUUGCUGUUGUAGAAUCAAUAUGGAUAUACGGAGUAAAAGAUCGUGACCCGCAGCAAACAAUUGACAUAAAGAACUAUGGAAAGCAUUGGAUAUUGAUCCGAGAUAUUUAUCUUUCCCUCGUUCCUUUUGUAUUUGGAGCUGCUUUGGAACAUAUAAUUACUGAUAUAGGAAAAUAUAGUAUAGGGCGUCUCCGGCCACACUUCUUUGACGUGUGUAAAGUAGAUUACGCAAAGGUGAAUUGUUCGGCGGGAUAUAUAGAAGAGUUUGAGUGCACUGGAGAUGAUAGUAACAGGAUAAGGGAAGUCAGGUUGUCAUUUCCAUCUGGACAUGCAUCUUUUUCUUCCUAUGUUGCUGUGUAUCUUAUGAUAUUUUUACAGAAACGCCUCACAUUCUUGUUCAAGUCUUUGAUACGGCCCCUCCUACAGACACUUAUAUUUGUGAUGGCCUACUAUACAUGUCUUAGUAGAGUGUCAGAUUAUAAACACCAUCCUACAGAUGUAAUGGCAGGUGCUGUGAUUGGCAUUGUUGUAGCAGUAUUAGUGGCAGUUUGUGUGUCAGAUCUAUUCAGCAUGACAGACAGCAGGGAGACAUACAGGGACAUGUACAAAAAUAUGGAGAGAAUAUCAGAGAAUGGCAGAGAAAGGACUUCAGACAUUGACAAAAUGUCAGAUACUUCAGUAAAAUUGUGACUGGCCAACUGAUGCACUGAUUUAGACAAAAUAUAAGAUACUCAAUCCAACAUGUAGAUCUUAUAUCAGAGUCUUUAUUGAACAUGUCAACAUAAUAUCAGAGGCUUCAUCGAACAUGUUGACAUAAUAUUAGAGACUUCAUCAAAUAUGACAGUGAUGUAGACAUCAUAUGUUAGACUUAUCAAACAAUGAGACAUAAUAUUAGUGAAUUCAACAAAUGUCAAGACAUAAUAUCAGAGACUUCAAUGGACAUUUAGACAAAAUAUUAGUGACUUCAUCAAAUAUUUACACAUAGCAUCAGAGAUUUUAUCGAACAUGUGUCACCAGUGAUAAGAUUUAGACAGCUGCACCCCAUCCGCUUACUAGCUAAAUAGGGAGAGCACAGAUCUACUGAUCGUGCGUUCGUGAGUUUGACACCCAGGCGGGAAAUAUGUUCUCUGUGACGAUUUGAUGAAAGAUACUGUGUCUGAAAUCAUUUCUCCUCCACCUCUGAUUUAUGUGGGGAAGUAGGCAGUUAACCUAGAAUAGAUUUGUAUUGGUACAGAAUCAAGGAACACUGGUUAGGUUAACUGCUGUCAGUUACAUAACUGAAAUACUGUUUAAAAAAUGGUGUUAAACCGCAAAACAAACAAAUAAAACUGAGUGAGUUUCAAAAUAUAUACUUUGGUUAAAAUGUUAGGGGUCAUUGAGGCCCAGUAGUUAAAGUUGCUGACUUGGAUUCCUUUGCCCCUCACCUAUAUAGGUUCAAGUCCUGUUCUCGCUGUCGUGAGAGGAAGCUUGCGGAAGGUUGUUGGUUCUGCAAUAUGACUGAAAGGCUGCAGAAUGCUAAUGUUUUGUUUUUCUUUCAAGUUCUAUUGUGUUGUUUUUGUGAAUUUCACAGUUUUAUGCUCUUUUUUCAUUUAUGAAUCAUUUAGUUUUACUUCUAACAAUUUCACAGUAGUAUGUUAUUUUCUUAAGUUUAUGAAUCAUACAGUUUUAAUCAUAACUGACAUUAACAAAUCAUUAACAAUUCAUUUGUUUUUCUUUAUAUAUGUAUAACAAAACCUGCUAAAUUAAUUGAACCUGUUUUUUGUAGAGCCAGCUUGCGGAAGCGAAGACAUAGUUGUCCAAAUGGCUGUUCGUUGUAUGUGCGUGUGUGCGUCCGUCAGUACGUGAGUGCAUCCGUUCGGAUUUGUUUGUCCGGACCAUAACUUUGACAUGCAUGGAGCAAUCUUGUUUAUAUUUGGCAUGAAUGUUAACCUCAGUGAGACAGAAUGUCAUGCGCAAACCUCAGGUUCCUAUCUCAAAGGUCAAGGUUGGAGGUCAAAGGUCAUCUCAGAUCUUGUCUGGCCCAUAACUUUGACAUGCAUUUAGGAAUCUUGUUUGUAUUUGGCAUGAGUGUUUAUCUCAAUGAGACGGACUCUUAUCUCAAAGGUCAAGGUCACAGUUAUGGGUCAAAGGGUGGGCUGAGAUGUUGUCUGUGGGCAUCUAGUUUGAUUUCAUGUUUUUCAGUAGUUUAUUGAAAUAUAAGUGGGGAUUUAUAUGAAACUUUUACUGUUUUAAACAUUGGGAUUUUCAUUUUAUAAUUUUCACUGUUGUGGAACUUAACUUGAACAUGAAAGGAUAUGAAGUAUAUAUAAUUGGAAGUAUUCUUUCUUUAAUAUACAUUAAAAAGAUACAGAAGUAAAAUGAUAAAGAUAUGCACACUGUCGUAUUUAGAUGUAAAACAAAGAAAAACAUGUUGCAAAAUGUGCAUGGCAUUGCACUGGUAAAACUGGCAUAAUUUGGUAAAAACCGUUGGAAGACAUAAAGUAAAAAAAUUGUCUCACGUGUCAAUCAAAGUAUCUUUCACUUGUGAAAUUUUCAAUUGUAACUAUGACACUCGUGAAAAUAUUGCAUCUGAUGUUCACUUGUUAAAGGAUUUUUCAAUCUCACACUGAAACAAACAAAAUGAUAUCCAUUACAGAAGAAUCUGUAAAUUUUUCCAAAUCUUUGGUUAUUUAUGUUUCACAAAGCAGACAAAAUUUCUCCGGUACAUUUAAGAGAAUAAUCACAAUUUUGUAAAGAAAAAUAUGAAAGUAUUUGUAUAUUCAGCAUCAUCAGCUUUUUUUUUGUAACAUUAAAUACAACUAAACAUAGUUAAAUUUUUGUCCUUGAAAAUAUUUGAAAAUGAAAAUUAAGGAAAAUUCAUGGGAGAGGUUCAUGAAAGGGGUACACAUAGUAAAAAAUCAGAUGGAAAUGUUUUGUCCACUCCUCUAUUAAUGUAAAGAAAUAAUAAACAGCUGAGUUUGUUAUCUUUGUUUACUAUACGUUUUUGCACUUUUAUAUAUAGAUUAUUUAUAUUUGUUCAUUUUAUUGUUAAGUUCUGAGGAUUGUUUAGUAUUACUUUUAUAUUAAAUGCUUUCUAUUGUUUAAACUGUUCUGGUCAUUAAAACUUUGUCAACACGUA